AUGUCACAAUUUCUAUCCGGCUCGCCCGAAGCCGACGACCAGCUGCCAUCGUUCAUGGAGCAGAGACUCAAGGCCAAGGCAUCAGCAUCUCGAACUACCCAUCAAGCUUCGGCUGACCCGAGUGAGUCAACACCGCACCGCAAAGAUACGCUUUCAGCGUCCUCGGACACCUCCGCACAAUCUAGCUUGCACUCACAUCAUCACAGUCACUCGCAUAGUGGUCACCAUCAUUCCCAUCCUCACGCGAGCGCAAAUUCCUCGCUGGGAGUAUCGGGAGCUCCGCACGAACGCACAUUAUCUCGGUCCAUGACCCGAUCGUCUUCCCACGACUAUCGCGAAACCCUCGAUGCGAAGAGCAAAGAUCUCGAAGAUGGAUCCACCGUAAUCAACCAGUACACCAUCACCGAUACCAUCGGAAGGGGCGCCUAUGGUAUCGUGCGUAAAGCUGUGCUUACCGAAGAGCCCGACGUCAAGUUUGCCGUCAAAGAGUUCGGCAAGACUCGCCUACGCAAGACACACCGUGCCGAACGUUUGCGCAAAUCUGCCCGAAGUAAUGCACGACCACAUCCUGCCAAUCGUACCGAUCCCACCAAGGGAGGGCCGGGUCCUGAUCAGGACGAUCAAAACGAGGCCAACGAUCCACUCAGCCUUAUCCGUCACGAGAUCGCCAUCCUCAAAAAGCUCCAUCAUCCGCAUGUGGUUCAGCUCUUUGAGGUCCUUGACGAUCCCGCCAAGGACAACCUCUACAUGGUCUUCGAAUACUGCCCCGACGGCACCGUCAUCGAUGUCAAGCCCAACGAGAAAACCGAGCCUCUACCCGAAGACGUCGCAAGGCUCUACUUUGUUCAAAUCCUCAUGGGCAUAGAGUACCUGCACGAGAACGAGAUUGUCCAUCGCGACAUCAAGCCCGACAACAUCCUCUUGAGCGACAAUCGCAAGACAUGCAAGAUCGUCGACUUUGGCGUAUCCGAGAUGUUUCUGAAACCGGGCGACGAUACCAUGCAAAAGUCGGCGGGCAGUCCUGCGUUCAUGAGUCCCGAGCUCUGCACUGCUGGCCAUGCCGAAUACCACGGCAAGUCGGACGACGUUUGGUCGUUCGGUGUCACGCUCUACUGCAUGGUCGUCGGUCACCUCCCCUUCAACAAGGACAACUUCUACGAGAUGUACGAGUCGAUCAAGAACGACGAGCCCGAAUAUCCGGAUCACCUCUCGAAUGAUCUCAAGGACUUGCUGCAGAGGAUGUUCACCAAGGAUCCCGCAAAGCGAAUCACCGUCCCCGAGAUGCGUCAGCAUCCUUGGACACGCGCUGUCGAGGAGGGCAUCUUGUUGUCCAAGGAAGAUAACCUCCAGGCUGUGGUCUCAGAGAUUACCGACGAGGACCUCGACUGCGCCAUUUGCAAGAUCACCAACAUCUUCACCUUUGCGCGCGCCAUUUCUCGUUUCAGGAAAGGUGGAUCUUUGCAACGUGCUCGCAAAGAGACACUGCGAUCCACCUCCGGUGGCAGCAGUAACAAUGACAGCAGCGGAAACGACCGCAGUUGGUUCCCCAGUUCUAGUUGCAGCCCUGCCAAGACUAGCCGAUCCAACACCAAGGACAGCUCACUUGGUGGUGAUACCGCCGCAAAGAGCUUGGUGAGUGAUGUUGCCACCAUCAAGGAGGAGACACCUACGCCCGCCUCGCAAGACACGCAACUGAGCGAUGCACACGGCGCAAACGAGAACAAGCAAGCGGACGAAGCACAGGCGCUCCAGAAAGCAGCGGCCGUCAUGUUUGAAUCGCCCCAGCUGCAGACUUUCGAGCUGCCGCCAGAAGAGCCUGACAGCAAUGGACCUUUGAAACGCAAUCGAUCCGGACCCGUCUCGACGUUGCACAAGCUCGAUACGCAACAACAGAGCACAAGUCUGCCGGUGAUCACCAUGGAAUCGCCACACAGCGCCAACGUUGAGGUGGUUGCUUCGCGCACUUCCGAGGGCGGCUUUUGUUUUGGCGAGUGCGAGAUGGACACGCAGACGACAUCAAGGCCUUGUUGGAGCGUGAGCGUCCAUGCGAGCGAUCGAGGUACGGACGGUCAUGGCACGUAUACUGCGGACACGGUGCGGCCUGACGAUGCCAUCGCAUGCCAGCUCUCGGAUAUGAUGCUGGAGCAUCGGCAGGAACGGUGUUCGGGCUUGGCGCCGGCUCCCGGCGCAGCAGCUCACAAGGAUGCGACUUGCAAGCAACACACCGACGAGGGUGACUCGCUGCGACGUCGAAUCAAGACUCUGCAAGAACGAGCGGCGUCGUUGGGCGAGAAGAAAUCGAAAGCUCAUCCGAAACUGUUGCCCGAUCAACCGACGUUCGAGAGUCCGCGCCACGAGAUCAACGAAACGCCGUGCGCGGCUGCCGACGUGUGCGCACGGCGCACACGGUCGGCUGGCGAGGAUGAAAAUCCAUAUUUCCGAGCGGGAGGGUGUGGGGAUGAGCGACAAGACGCGGCGGCGAGUGUUUCACAUGAUGCUAUGCCGGGUUUGGAUGGCAAGGUGCAAAGCGUCUCAGGCACGAAUUCAAGGUCGUAG